AUGACGACAGCGUUGCACCGAUUCUUGACCGUCGCAACUCUUGUUCUGGCUGUCUGGGCUUAUGGCAUCUUAGGCAAUGGACCGUUGGCUAAUUUUGCAUUUUAUGGAGUUAUUGUUGGAGUCAUUUCAUUUGGAGUAAGUUGUUUUACGUUUUAUUUGGUUUUUAGACUAAAACAAGGUUGUCAGACGUGUUUAUGAAGCUGUUUGGCUUUGAAACUUUUUGAAAAGCAUAAGUAAUGUUUGAUAAAUGUUUUGAACAAUCGUUUACUGGUAUUUGAGUUAUAACUUUUGUAAAAUAUAGAUUUACAACUUCUAACUAUUAAUUUUCAGGUACACUGUGUAUAUCAAGUAGUUUCACGUGGCCUUGGGAUUAAUGAUGUGCCAGAAGCAUACGUAGAGCUUCAGAAGGAGAUUGCCGAAGCCCAGAAGGAAUUGCGUGGAAAGAAGAUUAUCGACUAG